CCCCUUGGCAACUCACUAUCACGUUUGUACACAAACGCAUCGAUUCAGUUUUAGCUGUAGACAGAGGGAAGCGCAGGGGACAAAGGGUCGACAUCAGGACCCGACGAGUGGAGAAAGCGACCAUAAUAAAAUUCUCCUGUCUAGCUGUCCUUACAAUAAAAUAUUUUGCGCUUUAGAUUACGUUUUACUGAUCCAGUAGUGUUAGCCUAGUUUAACGAGAUACCGGUCAUAUUGGUUAUCUCUCUGUUCAUAGCAAAAUUUUGUCAAUCGACUGGCAGGCAUGGCUUCGAUUGGACUGAGAGCUUCGUAUCACAGGAUCCUGGAUAAAAUCGAACAUAUGUUACCGGCUAAACUGAGGCCUUUUUACUGUCAUCCAGCAGGACCCAAGACAGUUUUUUUCUGGGCACCCAUAUUUAAGUGGGGCUUGGUUCUGGCGGGUUUGGCGGACAUGACCCGGCCCGCGGAGAAGCUUAGCCCCUCCCAGUCAGCAGUACUGACGGCCACAGGUCUGAUCUGGUCCAGGUACUCCUUGGUGAUCAUUCCGAAGAACUGGAACCUCUUUGCUGUCAACUUCUUUGUUGGUGCUGCAGGCAGUUCUCAACUCUUCAGGAUAUGGAGGUACAAUCAGGAGCAGAAGGAGAAGACAACACAGACAUAAGCUGCUCCCUUAUUGGUCCAGUUCUGUGGACUCAGUGCAACCCCACACCACUGGGUGUCACACCUACCGCCCCACAAUAUCAUUCUAUCCUGCAACAGAGGAAAUGAAAUGUCUUUUUUUUCCUUAAGGAAAAAGUCCGUGCCACACUUGAGAAUGGCGCAGUCACUGACGCACACUAAUUAUUUAAAGAGUUAACAAUAGUAACUGAAGUGUUUUAUCUCACAGUUUAUUUUGUAUGUCAAUGGUUCGUUAUUGAUUUAGCUUCAAAUGUUUGCACUUAUUUUUCAUGUAGCAGGAAUGUGGUAUUUCCCAAUUUGAGGGUUCUUCAUGCAGUACGGUUAGCUUCCUUGAAGUGAAAUUCCUGGUUUGAAUUGAAUAACGUGAAAAAAGUGUAGUCUCCCAGUAUAAUUUAAAAUGUUUUUCUUCUUUAUUUAUUUAUAUUAUUUGUGUAAUAAUGAAUCAUUUAUAGAGUGAUGGCAUUAGGUGUAAUGAAAGUGUGAUACAGAUUAAUUCCCACAUCAGCGUUUUAAGACCUUCAUCAGUUUUUCAUUUCAUGGAGCUGUUAGAAAUGUAGUGAUUACAUGGCUGCCUAUUUUGUAAUUUACAUAUAAUCCUUCAUUAUUUUUUUGUGACUAGUUGGCAAGCAGUUGUGAUGGUACAAGGCUAAAACACUGUCAUUGUAACAGUGUAUUGUUUUCUUAUUUAUUAUCUGUUUUGUUUAUACAUUUUAGUUUUAACAUUCAUAAUUACAGAUGAAUACAGUUCAGUCAGUUCCUUGCCAAUGUGGUUACUGAACAGCUGAAAUAGAAAUUGAAUUAGUGACUUAAAACCUCACUUACCUGUCAUCUGCUUGCUAACCACAGCUAAGAUCAAUUUAAUACUAGUAUAUUUCUAGUAUCAAGUUACAUGACAUGGGUAUGAGUAAAAAUGUAUAAUUGUGGUUAUGAUUACUAGUAGUGCAGUCCUAGGGGCCAUGGAAAAUAUAAGAACCAGAGAACUAACACCUGAAAUAAGCUUAUGAAGGCAUUUCCUUUCAUACACUGAAUAUACCCAGAAGAAAUUGCCUUUUGAGUUUGUAUGUUGAGAGAUUAUGACUGUUAUUGGUUAGUGCGUACUGCAAUAACAUGCAAUAAGUAACUAAUUUUUAAAUGGGUGCACUGAUUCAAAGCUGUGAGUGCAAUAACAUUCAGGCAAACUGACAGCAAUAAGACCAACCAGACAUGAACUUCUUUCAUAUUUACCACAUUAAUGAUGUGCAGCAAUUUAAGCAGAUACACCCAGAUAUGGGCUUAGUCUGCCAACAAUACCAUUUUAUGUAUUGUAUAUAACAGAUAAAUAACUAUAUACAUUCAGUAUCACAUUCAUGUCUUUCUAACGAUUCAAUAAAGCUGAAAUUAUAUGUAA